AAAGUCCCCACUUCCCCUGCCUUCCACCGGGACUAAAGACGCUCCGAAACCGCGUCCAAAAGCACCGAAACCGAGUCCAAACCGAGCCGAACCUCCAGCACAAAAUGGUGGCCAAACAGAGGAUCCGGAUGGCGAACGAGAAGCACAGCAAGAACAUCACACAGCGCGGGAACGUGACCAAGUCCACGAGGAGUCUGGAGGACAAAGGCGUGGGCCCGUGGCUGUUGGCGCUCUUCAUCUUCGUCGUCUGUGGAUCAGCCAUUUUCCAGAUUAUCCAGAGCAUCAGGAUGGGCAUGUAACCACGGCAACUCUUUGGGGGCGGGGCUAAGGCUCUGAAGGACAGGUGCUGCAGCCACGCCCCCUUCUUGAACUCUGACCUCUGACCUUGACAUCACAUGGCAUUCCUUUUUUUUUUGGAAAUCGGAUUCAAAACUGGACCAAACAGGAUCUGAAUCAAGGACUAAAGCAGGACCAAAACCCAGACCAGGACUGGACCCGGUCUGGACCCGGUCUGGACCCGGUCUGGACCCGGUCUGGACCCGGUCUGGACCCGGUCUGGACCUGGACUUUGAAGAACAUUAUUGUGAUCAAUCCCUCAUUUGUAUAAAGUCCUUCAAACACACGUCGGGUUUGAACUCGUCGGUGAUUUGGAGAUUCGCCUUAAAAUAUUUUCGUAAUUGUUAAAUUUAAUAAAAAAUGUGAAAACCUU